AUUAUAUUCAAACACGAUUGAAGUAAAAGACGGAAAUCCGCGAAGCUGGCGACUGGAGACGCCAUUUUUCCCGAUGGCGGCGUCGGCUCUAUCUCCUCCCGAAGUUCCAAUGGAGCUCCACGUCUCCAACCGCGAGAAGCUCCUCCAAUCCAUCCGGCAUCAUCUUGCCGAAAAUUCUCUUCCCUUACAAGGCUUCGUCCUUCUUCAGGGAGGUGACGAGCAGACUCGCUACUGCACCGAUCAUUUGGAGCUCUUCAGGCAGGAGAGUUAUUUCGCUUAUUUGUUUGGAGUUGUAGAGCCUGGCUUCUAUGGGGCAAUCGACAUUGCGACAGGGAAGUCGAUCCUCUUUGCUCCGAGGUUGCCUGCGGAGUAUGCUGUUUGGAUGGGGAAAAUAAAGUCAUUAUCUUACUAUCAGGAAAGGUACUUAGUUACCGAGGCCUACUAUACGGACGAAAUUGUAGAAGUUCUGCUCGACCAGAGCAAGGGCAUAGAGAAACCGUUGCUGUUUCUAUUACAUGGACUCAACACUGACAGCAACAAUUACUCAAAGCCGGCAGAUUUUAAGGGAAUGGAAACAUUUCAAACUGACGUGAACAUGUUGCAUCCUAUUUUAACAGAAUGUCGUGUUAUCAAGUCAGACCUGGAGCUUGCUGUAAUUCAGUUUGCCAAUGACAUCAGCUCUGAGGCUCACGUCCAGGUCAUGAGAAACAUUAAACCUGGAAUGAAAGAGUAUCAGUUGGAAAGUACAUUUCAACACCACACCUACAUGUAUGGUGGUUGUCGGCAUUGCUCAUACACGUGCAUCUGUGCUACUGGUGAAAACAGUGCUGUUCUACACUACGGUCAUGCAGCAGCCCCAAAUGACAGGACCUUGCAAGAUGGGGAUAUGGCAUUGUUUGAUAUGGGAGCUGAAUACCAAUUCUAUGGUUCUGAUAUAACUUGUUCGUUUCCGGUGAAUGGCAAGUUUACAAGUGAUCAGUCUUUAAUUUACAAUGUGAGUGUGAUUCAACUUGGGUCACCGUUUAAUGCUCUGUUCAUACAAAUUAAAACUCCUACAUUUGUGGAUUCUCCUGUUAAUUGGAAUGUUUUGGUGUUCAUUUCUAUUGUUGUUUACUGUCAAUGUAUUCAAGCUGUCCUUGAUGCACACGAUUCUGUCAUCUCUGCUAUGAAGCCAGGCGUCAGCUGGAUUGACAUGCACAAGUUGGCAGAGACAGUAGUCCUUGAUUCGCUGAGAAAGGGUGGCAUUAUUGUUGGUGAUGUAGCUGAUAUGAUGGCUGAGCGAUUUGGUGCAGUUUUCAUGCCUCAUGGUCUUGGGCAUUUCCUUGGAAUUGACACUCAUGAUCCGGGUGGCUACUUGAAGGUACAUUUCACUGCAUUUCCGAGCUAUUUUUCCUGUUUUCUUGGCCGUGUCUCUUCUUCUUCCUUCUCGCUGUGCAUAUAUAAAUUUGUAGAAUGCAUUUUGAAUUGUUCUGAAGGAAAGUAGCAUAUUUACUUUCUGUAGGGACUGAAGAAACCAACAGAACCUGGGUUACGCUCUUUACGUACCAUCAGAGAACUCAAAGAAGGAAUGGUGAUCACAGUGGAGCCAGGAUGCUAUUUCAUUGAUGCUUUGUUGACCCCAGCAAUGGCAAAUCCAAAAACUUCCAAGUUCUUCAACGCUGAAGCCAUCGGCAGAUUCAAGGGCUUUGGUGGUGUCCGCAUCGAAAGUGAUUUGCACGUUACGGCAACUGGCUGUAAGAACAUGACUAAGUGUCCCCGAACCAUUGCGGAUAUUGAAGCAGUUAUGGCAGGAGCGCCAUGGCCGCCCAACGAAUAAAGCCUCUGCGAGUGGGGGAGUUCCGAGCUGCUGUUGAACAACUCUCAUGUCUGGAUCAUUGUAAUUUGGGACAAUGAAAUGUCCGCCUGCUGAUGAAAGAUUUUCCAAGAUGAAGAGAUGACCAUAUAGUUUACUAUGACAUGAAUAAAUGACAUGCUGUCUGUGAAUCUGUGAUUUCCUUUCACAAGUGAUUGUUGGCGUUCUGUGUUGUAACUUGUGUUUUAAGGAAAGGUUGCAAUAUAGCCAGAGUCAGAUACUUUAUCCAUUUCAUCUAUCUGUGAUGGCAAGCAAUUAUGGAUACUUUAGUUGACAGCUUGUGAGAAACUGUAAGCUACUGAAGUUAUUAUCGGCACAUGUCCUUCGGUUUAGUCGUUCUUUGGGAUGUUCAUUCAUGUGUGCCAGCAUGUUCGUCGCAUUGGUUGCCUAUUUUGAUUUAACAUUUAAGAGAAGGCACUAGAGGUAGUGUACACUAAGUUUGUUAUGAUU